AUGCUGAUACUACUCGGACUCACGAUCGGCCUUGCGGCUGGCUUGACGCUUCGCUCCAGGUCCGAUGAAGCCCUAGGCCUCCCUGCUGGCAAAGAGAUCUAUGACGGCGAGCUAACGUACUAUCUGGAAGGCCCAACCAAACUUCUGGGCGCGUGCGGUCAAAUGAACGGCGAGAACGACUACAUAGUGUCGGUCUCUCACAUCAUCUUCGACGCGGCCGGCUCGUCAUCCGCCACCGGAGGUAACAGCAACAACAACCCGCUGUGUGGGCAGAUGGUCAGGGCUACGCGCUGGGAUGCGGAGGUCAACGCGGAGAGGAGUGUCGAUCUUACGGUGGUCGACAGGUGUACUGGGUGUCAACCGAACGAUCUGGACACCAGCACGGGCGUGUUCAAACACAUGGCAUCGAUCGCGGAGGGAAGGGUGAAUGUGACGUGGGUAUGGCUGACGAGGUGA